CGGCCGUGCGCGCGCGGGAGCGGAGCCCGGAGCUGGCGGCCGAGGGAGGCGCGAACCGAGCGGCGCUGAGUUUUUUUCCUGUCCUUCUCUAAAAAUGUCCAAGCAACAGCCUGCUCAAUUUACCAACCCAGAAACUCCAGGCUAUGUUGGAUUUGCAAACCUGCCCAAUCAGGUUCACCGAAAGUCUGUGAAAAAGGGGUUUGAAUUUACUCUUAUGGUGGUUGGCGAAUCUGGAUUAGGAAAAUCUACAUUAAUAAACAGCCUCUUCCUGACAGAUCUCUACCCAGAAAGGAUAAUCCCAGGAGCUGCUGAUAAGAUUGAACGCACUGUGCAGAUCGAAGCCUCAACAGUUGAAAUCGAGGAGAGGGGCGUGAAACUGCGGCUGACGGUUGUGGAUACGCCGGGAUACGGGGACGCCAUCAAUUGUCGAGACUGUUUUAAGACCAUAAUCUCUUAUAUUGAUGAGCAGUUUGAGAGAUACCUGCAUGAUGAGAGUGGAUUGAACAGAAGGCAUAUCAUAGAUAAUCGAGUUCAUUGCUGUUUCUAUUUCAUUUCACCAUUUGGUCAUGGCCUUAAGCCUCUGGAUGUUGAGUUUAUGAAGGCCAUACACAACAAAGUAAAUAUUGUACCAGUGAUUGCAAAAGCUGAUACACUUUCUCUGAAGGAGAGAGAGAGACUAAAGAAAAGGAUUCUGGAUGAAAUAGAAGAGCAUGGCAUCAAGAUUUAUCACCUGCCUGAUGCUGAAUCAGAUGAAGAUGAAGAUUUUAAAGAGCAGACCAGACUCCUGAAGGCCAGCAUUCCAUUUUGUGUAGUGGGGUCCAAUCAACUCAUUGAAGCAAAAGGUAAAAAAGUUAGAGGUCGGCUCUACCCAUGGGGUGUAGUUGAAGUGGAGAAUCCAGAGCAUAAUGACUUCCUGAAGCUGAGGACCAUGUUAAUCACCCAUAUGCAGGACCUUCAAGAGGUGACCCAGGAUCUUCACUAUGAGAACUUCCGCUCUGAGAGGCUCAAACGAGGCAGCAGGAAAAUAGAAGAUGAAGAAGUAAAUAAAGACCAGAUUCUGCUUGAGAAGGAAGCGGAACUCCGUCGCAUGCAGGAGAUGAUUGCAAGAAUGCAGGCACAGAUGCAGAUGCAGAUGCAAAGUGGAGAAGCUGACAGCAGUGCAGUUCAUGGGCAGCACGUGUAAAGUCUUGGUUCUUUCAGGUUUCUCAAUGUGAGAAGACCACUGAUCUGAAAUGGUAUUUUCCUGCCUUGUUUUCAGAUGAUUUUAUCCCCUGACUCACAAGAGACCUUCUGGAGCUGGAUUGCAGUGGUGGAGGCAGAAAGGAUGCCUCUUGCUUCCACGUGGUCUGGAGCUUGCUGUAGAGUUUAAUGUGGGACUGUUUUGUGGUAACAUCUUGUGAGAUGUAUUUCAUAACAUGUAGUCAGUUGGUUUUUUUUAUAUAUUAUACACAUUUGACUUUUGUUUUCUUUAGUCCUUCUUAUCUUGAGGUUAUUUUAAAUUUCCUAUUAGGGAUACAAAAUAGUCAUUGAAAGUUUUCUAGUCUGAUAAGUAUUAGAUAAUAAUUUUUUUUUAAUAUACCUUGUUAGCUCCCUGCUUUUAACUUUGUAUUCCAUUUAGAAAUAAACAGCUGUCAGUGAUACCUUGUUCAGUGCCAGGCAACAGUCACCUCACUAAGGUUGCACCCCUGCAAGGUUAAUUUUAUAAAUAUUGCAGUGUUUACAUGUGUGUGUGAGACUAGCAGCUCUGUCUCUGCUCAGAGCAGAGGAUUUCCUUGGCCUCUGCAAAAUAUCAAAUGAAAAUUCAAGCAUGUCUUGUGUCUUAGCAAAAGAAAGAAGAGGAAAUGCCUCUGUGAGAGGCACACUGUAUGUUACAUGACAAUCAGUAUUUCUUUUAGAUUUAACCUUGAGGGUUAUUAUUUUCCUAAUAUCUCUUACUCUAUUGCAGCUAAUUUUGAAUAGUUUCUUGUUGGCCAUCACAAAUCACUCCUGCUGUUUUCUGGCAUUAUUGUAGCCAAAUAAACUUGAAUAAGGCUGAUUUUGUUGAACAAGGUAAACUCUGAAGAGUAGUUUUCUAUGCAUGGGUGUUUCCUAUAUCCAAAGGAUAAGAAAUUCUAUAAUUCUUAAGAAGUAUUUUCCUACUAUUUUUAGAGCAUUGCAAACUCUUACAUGUAAUAAAAAUAUAUGUUAGCAGACUUCUCUUUUUAAAAGUGACCUGGUUCUGACAGGAUCAAUGCAAACUGUGUUUUAAGUUCUUGCUGCAGGAUGGAAUCAGCAGUAUUACUUCAGGAGCGACUCUGUUUUUUUUAUUAGACCACUAAUAAAAAACUUUCUUAAUCCUGGUGGCCAAGGAGACUGUUUUUAACUGGGCUGGACUUGUGCUGCAGAUCAUGCAUUUGUGUUUGCAGCAAAUAAUCAGUGUAGCACACAACUGCCCAGGUGGUGGCUGACAGGGCAAGCAGUGACACGCCCUGGGUUGUCUGCUGUUCCUGAUAAAGUCAGCAAUCAGAUUUCUUCAUCUGAUCUAUCACAAAACAUCCUUAUCUGAGCAGCUAAUAAACAGAUUGAUAGAAUUGCAACUUCUUUUGGCUCUUGGAGCUCAGGUGCAGCUGUGACUUUUAGUAUUUUGCUAGUGUUUCUUUGAAAAAAAUAAUAGAAUUUCUAUAGCUAGUGUAUCAUUCCAGAGGUACUUCAGUGACUAGAUUAAAUAUAAACCUGUUAACCAUCUGAAAUUUUUACCUGCCUGAAACUACUGUUUUCUGUUUUAAUCUUUCUAAAAAUGUGAAGUAAAACCCUGCAUCAUAGCCUUUACUGAGGAACUCUAGCUCUCUUUUCAAAAGUAUGUACUAUCAAAGUUUGACACCACUCAUUUGACCUUCCCUAAGCUUGACAAAAGUGAACAUGAGAAUCUUUUUGUAUGCACAGAAGAGUUAAAUCCCUUUUUGUCAAAUCUCUACAUAUAAAACUUGGAUGGAAAAACAUGUGUUUCUAAAUUCUUGAGUUGCUUUUUCAGAAGAAAUUGUAGGACCAAAGUAAUGUAGCAGCACUGUCAGAAGACACUUCACAACACCUUAUUUAUUUCUAUUGCCAUGAGCCAGUACUUGAAGAAAAACUGUGAAAUGUAAAAUGUCUGCACAGGGGCCUGAUUGUAUUUGUCACUCUUGCUGUGUAUAUUGGGCUGAUAGGUUUUUUUUUUCCUGUAUUUUUAGCAUGGGAACAAGAGCAGAUUGUCCAUUUCUUUAGUGCUGUUUGGUCACCAUCUGUGAAAUUAUUUCAGGCAAUGUGUGAUUCUUAGGAAUAUUAACAUAUCUAUUAAAAGAUUUGAUCAGGAUAAAGCAUUUCAUUCUUAUUUUAAAAAAGAUCUAAAAAUUCAGCAGGAGAAAUAUUUUUGUAUGUUAUUUUGUAUUUAAUGGGAAAAACCAAGUUUAUGGCACUAGCCAUUUUAGCUGCAAUACUCAAGACAGGUAAUUAAUUGCUGCUUCUUCCCAAGCCUUUGGAACAAUUGUUCAUAGUGUGCCUGAUGUCUCUGAAGGUCUAUUUCCCCUUCACUUUUCUUGGGAUGGUCUUGAAAUGGUUUUGUGCUAAGGCAUGAAAAGCAAGACUACUUUUCUUAGAAAAGCUGCUGGUAAAAAAGAGUUAUGAGUAGCAGAAAGGCUUGGGGACAAAAGGCAGAUUCUGUUUGGUGGCUUGCUGAACUGGCCACAGGUUUUUUUCUGUUACUGUGUUGUGACGGUUUUUAUUUUAGGAGUAAAAAUACUUUUGAAUUUGCAGAACUUUAUAGUUGAUAGCAAAAAUUACUUGUUCUUGGUACAAAAACCUGCUAUAAUCUAUGUACUACAAUUA